AAAUAAUGGACGUUAAAUUAUAGAAAUCUACCAUAAAAAAAAAAAAAAUAGAGAAAUAUUUGGUAAAUUUAGCGGCGUUUUUUUACUUCCUUUUUCUGGCAACCCAGCUGCCGGAAAAAUGUAAAAUAACAUAAAUAUUUUUCAAUGUACUAAACUGUACAAAUGAGAUUGUACGAAUUCAUACAAAUUAACCGGUAAAUAAAAAGUUUCGAAAUGCCAUGAGAUCGUGUUGGGUAGAAGAUGACUUCAAAACUCCUUAAGUGUUUAGAAAUUUGUUUGCCAUUUAGACUAUUUAUUUUGGAUGAUCAUUAUAUUUCAUUUAAGGACAAAGUGUGUAAUUACUGUGAUUUUUAUAGCAAAAUUGGAAAAAUAAAAGAACAACUUACAUUUCUUGGCUAAUAAUUUCAUUCCAAGUACCAUAUAAAAUCAUGAGCUUAUUUGUAGUUUAUUUUACGUUACAGAAAAAGAAGUACACACUUCACCUUUAAACAAUGUGAAAUAACGAUUGCCAUCAGUGUCCGUGACUGAAGUGUUUGGAUGUUUAUAACUGCCUUUGUACACAACAGGUGCGUCACAUUACAGUCAUUUUACUGUCUGUCCAGUCACUCAAUGUUGAAAGAACAUUCCUGAGAUGCUGAAAGUUGCAUGCUGGUAGAAUAUGACAAAUCCAUUGUGAAAUAAACAGAUUUUGGAAGGGAAAAAUGAAUGUUGUCAUCACAUUAACAUCUUCAUUUGUGAUAGAAAUAAACCUAACAUUCCAAGUCUAGAACAUCAUAAAACACACAAAGUGCUUUAUUGAUUUGUGGUAAUGCAGCAUAUCAUAAUUAAAACCACAAACAUUACAUUUUUCUGAUGCAAUAGUCACCUUUCUCCUACAUCUGUCUGUUCUUUUUGCCUGCUGGAAUGAUAUAAGGACACAGAUGUUAGUGCACUGGCCAAUGGCGAGCAGGAGGGGGCUGGUCUGGACCACUUUCCACUCCAUCCCUGUCUUUUAAAACUCUGGGAACUUCACGAAACUUAUCAGACUUGAUUUUGAAGGAAGGGGGGAACAAAUUCAUUGGUCGAGUCACUCAAAAACUCGACAAAGCCAUAUCUGUUUUUACAUUUGUUUUGUUACAAGCAGCUGCCCAUCAGUGACAGUGGCACUAUGUGGGACUUCACGGUGGUGACGUUGGUGCUGUCUACUGUCUUUGUUGUGUCUCUGGCACAAGGACCCAUCUGGGACAGCUCACGUCUUCGGAGGUUAAACCAAACAGACAGAAACAGAAAGCUGGCUUACAACACCCUCGUGGAACCACAGACCACAGGCGUGACAGAGUGGACAUCCUGGUUCAAUAUUGAUCAUCCAGGAGGAAACGGUGACUAUGAGAGGUUAGAAGCCAUUCGCUUUUACUAUCGAGAAAGAGUCUGCUCACGACCUGUAGCGAUGGAGGCCCGUACCACAGACUGGGUUGCAGCUGCAGAUACAGGGGAGGUGGUCCAUUCCAGUCUGGAGAAGGGCUUCUGGUGCAUCAAUAAGGAGCAGCCGUUUGGCCGCAGCUGCUCCAACUACCAUGUGCGAUUCCAGUGUCCACCAGUGCACUCAUACUGGACUGACUGGAGUGAAUGGACGCCUUGCAGUGCCACUGCCUGUAAUGAUGUUGGCAUCCAAGUCCGUCAGAGGAAAUGCAUGAGCACGCAACCUCUUCCAUUGCUGCUUUCGCCCGUCUGUGUGGGACCUCACAUUGAAAGGAGAGAGUGUUCAACACCACCAUGUCAAGCCAUGUGGAGCCAGUGGGGUUCAUGGGGAGCUUGCUCAGUAACCUGUGGAAAGGGACGGAGGACAAGACGUAGGACAUGCCACAGAUCUUCUACUAAGAUUCAGUGUACAGGACGACCCAUAGAGGUGCAAAAGUGUGGAAAUCCAUGCCCAGUGAAAUGCAAACGUGUCUGUCCUGGGGGACGUCCCGAUAAGAGCUGCAGCUACUGUAUCUGCGAUGGACAGGCACUACAUGGGGAAGUCUUCAGCAUUACAGGGGUCCCAGUGAUGAAUGCCACGGUGGCUUUGGCCAGCCAAGCCAAGAUUAUCCGUGCCCACACUGAUGCCAAGGGUCAGUUCAAGAUGGAUGGGCUGUGCAUCAGUCCUCAGACCCAAAUUGUCAUUAGAAAGGAUAAAUUUGCACCUGCCACUCUCCCAGUGUCCAACAACAGUACUGAUGAACUUUGGGUACGGGCUAUCUUGCAAUCAUCAGAAAAGCCAUAUAUUGAGAAGCAUCCUGAAGACAAAGUACGUUACGAGGGACAACGUGCAACUCUUUGCUGUAGAGCAACAGGAUCACCAAAACCUGACAAAUAUUACUGGUACCACAAUGGAACCUUACUGAAUCGUACAAUUUUCAAAUAUGACGAAGAUUUGAUAUUGCGAGACCUCAAACCAGAGCAGUCUGGGCAAUAUCACUGCAAAGCAACUAGUCUGACAGGCAGCAUCAAGUCUACUUCAGCGGUCCUCACUGUUUUCACUAAAGGGACCCCAGCAUGCAAGUCAACACCUGAAACCCACCUGAUCAAACUACCAUUAGACUGCAAACAGCCUGGAACAGACUCCAAAUUUUACAAUGCAGGUCGCUGUCCACACAACAAAUGUCCUGGGGCACUGGACUUUGACAUGCGAUGCAGGGAUGGAACAGGUUUCUGCUGUGGGGUCAAAGAAAUGGACGCAAAAGAAAUCAACUGUGGCCGCUACACCCUCCCUAUCAAGGUUGUGAGUGAAUGUGGCUGCCAAACUUGUGUAGAGCCUAAAGUUCUUGUACGGGGCAGGGUGGUGGCAACAGACAAUGAUGAACCUCUGCGCUUUGGACACAUUUACAUUGGGAAGGAACGAAUAGGUACUACAGGAUAUCAGGGUGGCUUCACAAUCCAGGUGUCUCCAGAAACACAGCGUUUAGUGGUAAACUUUGUGGACCCUUCUCAGAAGUUCAUUGACACAAUCAAGGUUUUUAUCUUUGACAAGAGAGGAGGUGCAGUCUACCAUGACGUCAAAGUGAUGAGGAAGCAGGAACCUAUUGAUAUCAAUGCUGCAGAAAGCAACACCAUUUACCUAGGUGAAAUGAAGGAUGAGGAUCCCAUCGGUCAACUGGUCAUACCUCCAAACUCUUUCCAUAAAAACACAGGGGAAGUGUAUGAAGGGACUGUUAAGGCCAGUGUGACAUUCCUUGAUCCACGCAAUAUUACAAUGGCUGCUGCCGCCCCUGGUGAUCUUAACUUUGUCGAUGAUGAAGGAGACAUGCUCCCUCUCAGGACAUAUGGAAUGUUUUCAGUAGAUUUCCGAGAUGGAGAAAACCAGGAGGUUCUAGGAGCUGGUGCAGUGCAAGUUCUCCUUGAUACAGAGCAUGUCAAAAUGCAGGAGCACAUCCCUGCUAUGAAACUCUGGUCCCUCAAUCCUGACACAGGUAUUUGGGAGGAGGAGAGUAACUUUCAGCCAACACAAAGUACCAUUGCUGGCACUGGGAGAAACAAACGAGAGGAACGCACAUUCUUAAUAGGAAAUAUGGAAAUCAGGGAGCGUAGGUUGUUCAAUCUUGAUGUACCUGAAAAUCGCCGCUGCUAUGUCAAGGUUAGGGCAUACAUGAGUGACAAGUUCUUGCCCAACGAGCAACUCGAAGGAGUUGUAAUAAACUUGAUUAACCUGGAACCUAAACCUGGUUACUCGUCAAAUCCGCGAGCCUGGGGUCGCUUUGAUAGCGUGAUAACAGGACCAAACGGUGCUUGUCUUCCAGCUUUCUGUGAUGCUCAGAGGGCUGAUGCUUACACAGCUUAUGUAACGGCUAUAAUGGGAGGAGAGGAACUAGAAGCAGCUCCCUCAAUGCCAAAAAUGAACCCAAACAUUAUUGGUGUGUCUCAGCCAUAUUUAGGGAAGUUAGAUUACCAGCGUUCAGAUCAUGAGGACUCAGCACUCAAAAAAACAGCCUUCCGAAUAAACCUGGCCAAACCAAACCCUAACAAUUUUGAUGAAACAAAUGGACCCAUCUAUCCUUUCCAGAGUUUAAUUGCAUGUGAAAAUGCACCUGUUGAUGCCAACCACUUUCGUUUUUUCCGUGUUGAAAAAGAUAAAUAUGAAUACAAUGUGGUACCCUUUCAGGAAAGUGACCUUACAUCUUGGACUGGAGACUACCUUUCCUGGUGGCCAAAUCCACAAGAGUUCAGAGCUUGCUUCAUUAAAGUUAAGAUUCAUGGAGCUACAGAAAUUAUGGUAAGGUCAAGAAAUCUUGGUGGGACUCAUCCUCAAACAAGAGGUCAGUUGUAUGGUAUUAGAGACAUUCGCAGUACUCGAGACUUACACCAUCCCAACACCUCUGCUGCUUGUCUUGAAUUUAAGUGCAGCGGGAUGCUCUUUGAUCAAGGUAGUGUAGACAGGUCACUCAUUUCUGUGAUCCCACAGGCCAACUGCCGUCGUAUAGGCAUUAACAGUCUCCUGCAAGAGUAUCUGAUAAAGCAUCCCCCUGUUCUUCAGAAUAAUGAGUCACAUGCAUUCAAUAUGUUAGCACCCGUUGAUCCCCUUGGACACAAUUAUGGAAUAUACACCGUCACGGACCAGAACCCACGCGUUGCCAAAGAGAUCGCCAUUGGCCGCUGCUUUGAUGGAACUUCAGAUGGUUUUUCCAGGGAGAUGAAGUCAGAUUCUGGAGUGGCACUGACGUUCAGCUGCCCUAAAAGAACUGUGAAUCGCGAGAGCUUAUUCCAACGCUUGCAAACAAAUCCAGGCCUAACACUAACACAGAUGGCACGGGAGAUGAGGGAGUCCCAGGGAUUACAAGUCAGAAGAGGGUCAACUCAAAUGGUGGCCUACCCCUUUGGCCAACAGGGCAGGAGCCAGAACCGCAGAGCCACGAACACUAACAGAAGGAGACCUGCUUCAAGGACACAACCAAGACAGUAGAUCUUUAGGUCUUUCGGGUAGAAGAGAAUCAAGGAGAAAAAAAAAAAAAAAGAGUAAAAAUAAAAAACUGCAAUGGAAAUCCCAAACUUGGCCAGUCGGGUGAUACUGGAUGCUCUGUACUAACAGAACAAUAUCCGUACCUGAUUUUUCCGAACACAUUUAACACAUUCAUUCUAGUUGUGUAUGGAAAACUGUCCUCUCAUACGUCCUCAAAGUUUACCUCAUUGUUUAAGACUUUUUUUUGUUUUGUUUUUGUAACUUGGCCAAAUUCUCCAAAACAUACAAGAUGAUGCCAUUUAUUUCCAAUGUCAAACUUGCUUAUGUUGAGCAUCCUACGUUUAGAAUCCUUUUCUUUAAUUGAUUAGUGUCAUCCAUUGAUGAUAUGCUAAAUAGCCGAGAUUAGUUUGUACGGGUUGAGUGUGACAGCUGCUAAUCCUUUUAUCAACUAUCUGGGAUGAACAAGACCCAAGGCUGAAAUAAUGCUUAUUCUGUCUCACCUCCUUUUCCACAUCACCAGUCCAGUUAUGAUUGGUCUGACCAAACUCUGACUGACCCAAACCAUGAAUAACAUGCCACAGCACAAUGGAUCACCAAGCUAGACUAAACAAACCUGUGGUGGGACAUAAAGAAUAAUUUAAUCGCCAAGUUCAAGCAUAAAUUAAUGCAGCAUAAGCAAUUUUCUCCAAAAUGCAUUCGUCCCUUUAAAUAUAAAGUGUUCUUUUGAAUUAAAAUCCAACUAAUGCAGUAUGUGUGUAUGUCUACAUCUUGGUAAACUGAUUGUAUUCUUUUUUUUACUGUUUCUUGUUUCUGUCUCCUUAAGUGCAAUAAUGAGUUCUAAUAAUGACUUGAGUGUCCUGACAAAAAAAAAAAAACAUCCUAUGUUAUGAGCCAAUCAACCAUAGGUCUGUUUAAAAUGUUGGGCUAUACCCUCAGUAAUUGUAUAUCUGGAACUCAAAUUAGAAUCUGUUUUUAUCCUAGUCCUAAUGAAUCUGAGUUUGCUAAUCCAAAUGCAGUUUCCUUUCCUUUGACCAGCUGACAAUGCAACAUGAAUUUGCAGUUGCAGUAUUUUAAUUCCACUCAAGGGACAAUUACAAAAUCCAACAACAUUUAUUGGAUUGUACUAAUACACACCUGCAUGAUGGACAUGAAAUGGACAACUGUAUUUUUAGAGGUACAUUUUGCAAGUGGCAUUGCAAUUGGGAUUUUAUUAUGGUAAUUCUGCUUUGAUUUGUCUAAUCCCUUACUCUUUAAAACGCCUCACUAUCCUGUGUUGGUUCAAAGCAAAAUGUUAAUUGGGUUGAGGGAUUACAGUGCAUGUUUUAAUAGAUAAUGCGCAAAAGUUAGUCUCUGUACCCAAAGAGCCAGUACAUAUGUAAUAAAAUCUAAUUCAAUCUUCAAAGAAACAACAAUACAGUACCUCAAAAACAAAGCUAUAUUGGUUAAUCUGGAUUAAAGUGAGAUGAGUGGAAGAAAAAAUAAUCAAAUUGAGAAUUUUGCACACUGUAGUUUAGUGGUGGAAUUGUUUUAUAAUGCCGUGCAGAGUCUGCAAACAGGCUGACUGUAAUGAGAUUUUUUUUUUUUAAUGAGAAGAUUGCAAUAUGUAAAAAGUAUGCUAAACUGUCCCUAAAAUUAUGUGGAAAUAAGAAAUCAUGUAACUUAAAUUCACAAAUUUCCUGUUUAAGCUGUAAAACACAUUUUUAUACACAAAGUGCACACUUACAUUUUUUUCCAUCCCAGACAAUCUUACAUUUAAGUGUUGUUGAGUCAUACCUUUUUAACUUGAACAGCUUUUGUAAUUUUGUAAUAUAUACCUGUUAAUGUAACUUUCAGCAUUGCUAUACUGUACAUUUUAAUUUUAGAGGCAGGCUGGGGGUGGAUUUUGGAAUGAAUAUGGUGCUAAAAAAUUAGUUGGCCUCCAGUUAGCUUUUAAAAGAGUGUUUGUCCUCGCUUCAACUGUCUGGCUGGUCUCAGGGAGACUACAACUUUUCCAGGAAUAUCCUCUGGCAAAAUGUGCAUUGAUAACUUUACCGUUGUCUACACUACAAAGCGCAAGUCGAAAAGUUGCCUGUGCAUUCUCGGAAAUGUCUCUUCAUGCUUGCUUUACAUAAAACAAAUCCAUGCAAAUCGUAUUGUAACUUAUAGUGCAUGAAAUGUCCUGCCUUGCAACCUCAAAAGCCAGUUUUAUGUGUAAAUUGUGGAAUACCAUGUUUGUCAUUGUUUAGAAUGUAAAUAAAGAUCUCUUAUAAACACA